ACUAAAUCGAGAACACUGAAUCAGGUGGUGUGUAGUGCUCUAGCCAUCCACCCCCCACCCCCCUACACACACAGAGUUUUCCACCUUUAAAUUAAGCUCGCCGCCACCUCACCCUAUGGAAGAAGACCAAGACCGCGAUUCGGCAGCUGAAGCAGCACCAGCUCAUCACCUUCCCCAAGAAAACAGCAACAAAACCACCAAGGACAACUCGACCACCGCAUCCACCGCCACAACAGAAACAACGGACAGCAGCAACAGAAAGUGCAAGGGCAAAGGAGGCCCCGACAACAAGAAGUUCAGGUACCGCGGCGUGCGUCAGCGGAGCUGGGGCAAAUGGGUAGCUGAGAUCCGCGAGCCGCGUAAGCGCACUCGCAAGUGGCUGGGGACCUUCGCCACUGCCGAGGAUGCUGCCGGCGCCUACGACCGGGCCGCCAUCAUCCUCUACGGUUCCAGGGCACAGCUCAACCUCCAGCCCUCCGGUUCCUCGUCCCAGAACUCCAUGGGCGGCUUCUCUUCUUCCUCCUCAUCGUCCAGCUCCUCCACCCAAACCCUAAGACCCCUUCUCCCUCGCCCCUCCGGCUUCGGCCUUACUCUGCCCUACCCCUCCUCCUCUCACCCGGUCCCACUCAUGGCUUCGGGGUUCGUUCCUUACGGUGUUGGCGUAGGGUUAGGAGUCUAUCCUAACGUUGCUGCUGCUGCCGCCGUCGCCGGUGGUGGUGCAACUUCGUCCGUGCGUUUGAAUCAGCAUCCUCAUCAUAAUAAUAUGUUAGAUCAAGAUCAUCAUUCUCAAAACAACAUUAAUCCAUUGCACCAACAGCUACAGCAACAGCAGCAGGUUGUGGUGCAACAAUUUCAUCAUCAGUACCCCAUCUCGUUAUCUGACGGCAGCGGUUGUGACACAUCAACCUCGAAUCAAUAUCCAAACCCUAGUCACGAUCAAUACCAACUACAACUACACCAUCAGAAUAACAAUAAUCUGGAGUGUUGUUCGUACGACGAUGUCAUGAAUUCGCUUGUGGGAUCAGGGUUGUCUACGGAGCCUAUGGCGGUUGCACCGGGGUGUUCUGACAUUCCGAUGGGGGGAGUGGGGCCCAUUUCGCCGUCGAUGUGGCCACUGACAAGCGAGGAAGAGUGCGUUCCGAGUCUUUGGGACCACGGCGAUCCUUUCUUCUUGGAUUUGAAGGGAUUGGAUUCGUGA